AUGAAAUGCAAAGAAGAAAAAGCAUACCAACAGUUCGUAGAAGAAUUGAAGAAAGAGUUCCCACUAUUUCGAAAAUACACUGAUGAUUUUUUUUAUAGUAAAAAAAAGGAAAAACCACAAAGGGGAAAAGAAGUCUUAAAUUUCUCUUCUCAAAAUGGGAAAGUCCCAAAUGACACAAAGGAUGUAUGCAACUCCUUGGUAGCAGAAAUGGAAACCUCUUUCAAUUUGUUGGAACAAAAAAACAGAAUCAGUUGUAUAUGUAAAUUAUUUUUAAAUAACUACAGCCCAUUCACGAAUGGGUAUUAUGAUUAUAUUGACGCCAAUUAUGUGAGUUCCUCUUCUGUCCAGGCGGCUAUGGAGAGGUACACUGCAGGGAGAGAAUCCCAGGGUGAACAUUCAGAUGCGGAGGGGCAUAUCAGUGAAUUCAAUGCGGUCAGUGCAGUCACACCACCCAGCGUAAUCGCCAGGAGACCCCAUAAACGGGAAAGCGUUGGGGAUACGGGGAAUGCACUUGGGUGGGACAACGGCUGGGCUAGCGAUAGUGCAGGUGACAAUGUGAUUGGCAGUGUGGGUAGUGAUAUUAUUUGCAGUGUUCGGGGCGAUGCGAGUGCUGCUGAGAGUAGUAGGCCUCGUAGUAGCCCUCAUAGUAGUACUCGUAGUAAGGCACGUAGCAGCCCGCGUAUAACCCCAAGUGACAAACGCAGCCGAAUCGGGAAGAGAAGCAGAAAGUCCUACGAAACGAGCGCAAAGAUGAUCGGGAAGAGCCCCCACAGAGGGAGGUACUCGGACAGGGGUGUUAAUGCGAAAAGAGCGAAGAUUUUGGAGGGCGUCUUAAGGGGGGACCCUAAAAACGGAGAAAUUAGCGACGUUAGCGAAGUUAGCGGUGAAACAAGUAGAUGCGGUAGAAGCCAUUCCAGUGGCAGCAAGCACUCCAACGGGAGCAGCCAUUCCAGUGCAAACGGACACCAGAAGCAUUGCGUCCUAGACGAAUUGGACAAUAAGGAUCACCUUGGCUUUUGUGAUAUUUCCUUCGUCCCCUUUGCGGAUGAGGCAUUUUACAUAAACUACGGAUGUAUGAGCACCAGCCGACGCGCCCACAGCGCAGGCAGCGUGUUUGUGAUUGACGACAUCGAGGGGGGACGUGAAAAAAAGGAAAUGGCAACAUGUAAAAGACGAAUAAUAUUCGGAAGGGAAGGAAAGAAAGAAUUUUUGCACAACAUAAAUUCAGAUUCGAUUGUGAAGGGAUGGAUUUAUAAGGCCGAUUCAGAGCACAAGUUCUUUCACGUUAGACUUUUUUCGGUGAGGAAUGACCCAGAUGGGAGGAGCGGCAGCAGGUCCACUGACGUAACGGAAAAUUCACAAACUGUCACUUGUGGCAGCGGUCCAAGCGGGUCGAGCGGAUCAAACUACCCCUGCGACCACCACGUGUAUGCCUGCCUGCCCUUCCAAUUUAUCAGUAAGUUCCAAUUUGUGGACAGCCUGGACAUGCAGGGCCUCCGCCUGGAAGAAAACCUUAACAAGUUCGUAGGCAUGAAUAUACAAGCGAGAAUAUUCGACGAUAGAGAAUACAUUCGCUCUCAUUUUGAAGACCUGAUUGGGAGGUACCAGUUUCACUUCUUCCUAACACUGGAGCAGAAGGGGCAUGACGAUCACAUAAAAAAUGACAAACUUGGUUUCCUGUCGACCGAGAUAAGUGAAAACAGUUUAAUAGGCCAGAAACAAUUGGAAAAAAAAGUCCCCAGUGAGGUAGACAGUCUGUUGUUAAGCCGCCUUGAUGUCCUCCUAUUUUCCUGCAAAAGAUUUAUGAGCAAAGAAAAUGUAAAGUACAAAGAAAAAUAUCUGUUCCUAAAUCUUCCCCAUUUGUCAUCCCUAAUUGAGUUCAACUUUAGAAAUAAUUUUGUCCAAACGCACAUUGGAAAUAUCACGACAAGGAAGCAGAAUUUAAUUUGGUCUGAGCAGAAAUUUAUGGAAGCCUUAGAAAUUUACAAAAAAAAUAGUAACUACUACAGCUUUUUAAAACAUUAUUUCACCUUCGAUUCGGGGUCGAGUACAUGCAGGUACAACUACCUGAGUGGGCAGGACAAAUUUGAGGCAACAAAUAAUGCGCACACCGCUCCUACCAAAGUAGGUACGAAUAAACAUGUAGAAGAAAAGGAACACAAUGGAGCUAACCCAAAACAGGGGAACUACAUUUUAGAGAAAAAAAAGGAAAAAAUAAUCCCACCGGGGAAUUCUAGUAACCUCAAAAUGGAAGGGAAUAAAAGUGCAAAACGGUAUGAAGAUUAUUGGUUCUCACUAAGCGAUAGGGAAAAACAUAUUGUGGAUAAGAUCCCCUUUUUAAAUUCUAGUGUGUACAAAACGAAGUGGAUAUAUGAUUUUUUUAACUGCAUUAAGUUAACCAUUAAUCUAAAUAAUCACCACCUUUGGGGGAACUUCCUUCUCAGCUUGGUACUGCUAGAGCUGAGCUGCUACACGGAAUCCUUCCUUUUCCUCUUCAGGAUUUUUAAAAUAAAAAAAAUGUUUUUGGAAAGUUACAAAUUGAAAAAUAUUAUCUGCACAGUCUUCAUAAGACGAUUAAAAAAAUACAUCGCAAAGGAACAUCUAUGGAAGGUCAUCGUAAAUUACAGAGAAUACGACUUGUUCAGCAUGAGAGAGGACAACUGUGACGAGUACUGCAGGAAUAUAUUUGAGCGAAAUUUAAGUCUGUUGUGCGCUUUGGAAAAGGGGUAG